CAUAAUUUUCAUAAUUUUCAUAAUUUUCAUAAUUUUCAUGGAUUUCCCUUUAUAUUACCCACGCCUGUGUCCCCCUUAAAUCGUCAAGAGGGGCCACAGCCUCGUUCAGCCUUAUCGCCCGAAUCCUCCAGCAAUGACGACAGUCAAAAGAUCAACUUCCAGCCUGGCCAAACUUUCUUGGCCCUGGAUAUAAACAUCUUAUAAACAUAUAUAUAUACAACACCCAGCUGCCUCUCUAAACAGAACUACGAAUUGCUUCUAUAUGACCAUAAUGGUUCAAUAAGACAUCGACCCAUUCGCUAUUUAGAUCCGCAAUCGCACGUCGGACACCCCCCACAAAAUGGCCUCCCUCCUGCGCCAAAUCAUCGCAGGCCCGCGCGCGCGACACGCCGACUCCAACCUCGACUUAUGCUAUGUGACGCCAUUCAUAAUAGCCACCUCCGGCCCCUCAGGCACAUACCCACAACUCGCAUACCGCAACCCCCUCGACAAGCUCGUCGCCUUCCUCGACAAGAGCCAUGGCGAGGACUGGUGCAUCUGGGAGUUCAGGGCCGAGGGGACGGGGUACCCGGAUAAGGAGGUGAGGGAAAAGGUCCGCCAUUAUCCGUUUCCCGAUCACCAUCCCCCGCCGUUUGCGAUUGUGCCGCUGGUUAUGGCGAGUAUGCGGAACUGGCUCACUGAGGGCGGUAAGAAGGAGAGCAAGGCGAAUAUAGCUACGGACAGUGCAGCCGAAGGAGCGAGCAAGGAAGCCACGGAACAAGCGGAGAAAGAUGAUACCAAGGCAGCGGAAAAGCUAGACAAGAAGUCGGGCAAUGGCCGCGUGGUAGUCGUGCACUGCAAGGCUGGUAAAGGCCGCAGCGGCACAAUGGUUUGCUCCUACCUCAUCUCCGAGUGCGGAUUGAGCAAGGCCGAGGCACUCGUACGCUUCACAGAGCGACGCAUGCGCUCCGGCUUCGGGCAGGGCGUAUCGAUCCCCUCGCAACUACGCUACGUAGACUACGUGUCUCGCUGGACGGCAGGCGGCAAGAAAUACACCGAGCGCCUAGUCGAGAUCAUUGAAGUCCACACCUGGGGCCUACGCGAGGGCGUCAAAGUCGGCAUCGAGAUCUACACCGAAGAAGGCAAGAAGAUUGAGUCAGCGCAUAUCUUCAGUAAGGAAGAGAGACUCGUAGUCGAGGGAGGCCCACCCAGCGGCUCAGGCUUCAAAGACUGGGUCAUCGACAUGGCGAAUCCCGCCCCCGCCGCCCCCUCCAAAGGCCGCACCAUUGCCCUCAACGGCACAUACAGCAACGAGAACGAACCAACGAGUACCGCUAGCGAGCCGGCUUCCAACAACAACAACAACAGCAGUCCCAGCGUCGACAAGCCCGCUGCGCUGGCUCCGAAAAUCGGACUCGCUGCCAAAUCCGAAAAAGAGUCCGCAUCAGCUGCUAUCCAGCGCGCCGCGACGGGCAAGGAACCCGAUCCCGAAUCCGAAGCUGGCGGACAGGCCGUCAUUUUCCGCCCCUCCUCGCCGCUGAUCCUGCCGAGCUGCGACAUCAAUAUUGAUUUCGAGCGGCGGCACCGCGCGCGCUACGGGAUGACGAUGGUGACCUCCGUGGCGCACGUGUGGUUCAACCCGUUCUUCGAAGGCAAUGGUCCCGAGCAGGGCGGGAAGCCGGACCAGGACGGCGUGUUUGAGAUUGAGUGGGAGAAGAUGGAUGGGAUUAAGGGGUCGUUGAGGAAGGGGACGAAGGCGCUGGAUCGCGUGGCGGUGGUGUGGAGGUUUGCGGAUCGUGGGGGGAGGGAGGUGGUUGAGCCGGGGGUGGAGAGUGAGGUUCCUGAGAUGAGGGCGGCGGAUUGGAAGGGGGUGCGGGGAAAGGGGAGGGAGUUGGGGUUGAGGACCGAGACGGCGGAGACGGCGGAUGUGAGUAAGGCGAGUAGUGUGGGGAGUGGGGAGGGGGAGGAGGGAGUGGAUGAGGAUGUGGAGGGGGUGGAUGAGGAUGUGGAGGGGGUGAAGAGUAGUGGGCCGUGGGGGGAGGAGGGGGUGGAUGAGGAUGUGGAUGGGGUGAAGAGUAGUGGGCCGGGGGAGGAGAUUAGGGAGGUGGCUGAGAAGAAAUAGAGGGAUUCAUCGGGGGCGGAUGAUAUUGAGCGACCUGCAUGAUGGGAGCGUGGCGGGAAAUUGAUUCAUAGGCAAGCUACAGGACUUCGAGUGAGUGGCUAUAUUGUGGGCCCCGAUGAUGUUUUUGGCGUAUGCAGAGAUAGAAACAACUAUCAUACACUUUAGAUUAGAGAUAUUCAUAACACUGUCGGAC